AGUCAGGCAGAGGAGAGGAAGCAGGCAGAGGAGCAGGGGAAGGAUCUUUUUGCAGAAAUGGGUCUUGAUUCUUCUGAGGCAGAGAAGACUCCAUUGGACACCAGAGAGAGGCCCCUGGGUGACAGAAUGAUGCCACCAGGACCUGCUCCUUCAUCUUUUCAUGGUGGUGGAGGGGAGGCAGUGGCUGUGGCUGUGGACCCAGAUCAGGGUCCAGUGUGCUUUGAAGAGGUAGCUUUGCAUUUCACUGAUGAGGAGUGGGCGUUGCUGGAUCCUGACCAGAGAGCUCUACAUCAGGAGGUCAUGGAGGAGAAUUGUGGGAUGUUGGACUCUCUCGUUGCAGGUGGUGAUGAAUUGGAGAUGAAGAACGAGGGAGACCACAAGGAAAUCCACACAGUGGAGGAGCCAUAUCAGGAUUCAGACUGUGGAGAGAACUCCGGUCACAGCUCCCAUUCCUCUUCCCAUCAAAGAAAUUGCCUUGAGAAGAAACCCUAUCAGUGCUUCGAGUGUGGAAAGAGCUUCAGUCACUACCGAAGUUUCACUUCCCAUCAAAGAAUUCAUACAGGGGAGAAACCAUAUAAGUGCCUGGAGUGUGGAAAAAGCUUCACAUGGAAAAAAGGUCUCACUGCCCAUCAAAGAGUUCAUACAGGGGAGAAAUCAUAUCAGUGCUUGGAAUGUGGAAAGAGCUUCACCUGGAAAGAAGGUCUCACUUGCCAUCAAAGAAUUCAUACAGGGGAGAAACCAUAUCAGUGCUUGGAAUGUGGAAAGAGCUUCAGUCAGGGCUCCCAUCUCACUGCCCAUCAAAGAAUUCAUACAGGGGAGAAACCCUAUAAGUGUGUGGAAUGUGGAAAGAGCUUCAGUCACUACCGAAGUUUCACUUCCCAUCAAAGGAUUCAUACAGGGGAGAAACCAUAUAAGUGCCUGGAAUGUGGAAAGAGCUUCAGUCAGGGCUCCCAUCUCACUUCCCAUCGAAGAAUUCAUACAGGGGAGAAACCCUAUCAGUGCUUGGAAUGUGGAAAGAGAUUCACCUGGAAAGAGUGUUUCACUUCCCAUAAAAGAAUUCAUACAGGAGAGAAACCCUAUCAUUGCGUGGAAUGUGGAAAGAGCUUCAGUUGCUACCGAAGUCUCACUUCCCAUCGAAGAAUUCAUACAGGGGAGAAACCAUAUCAGUGCAUGGAAUGUGGAAAGAGCUUCAGUCAGGGCUCCCAUCUCACUUCCCAUCAAAGAAUUCAUACAGGAGAGAAACCCUAUCAGUGCUUGGAAUGUGAAAAGAGCUUCACCUGGAAAAUAAGUUUAAUUUCCCAUCAAACAAUUCAUACAGGGGAGAAACCCUAUCAGUGCGUGGAAUGUGGAAAGAGCUUCACUAGGAAAGAAAAUCUCACUACUCAUCAAAAAAUACAUACAGCAUUGAAACGCUAUCACUGCUUAGAAUGUGGAAAGAACUUUAAUAAGAUCUACCACCUCACUGUGCAUCACAGAAUUCAUACAGGGGAGAAACGCUAUCAGUGCACAGAAUGUGGAAAGAGCUUCAGUCACAGCUCCCAUCUCACUUCCCAUCAAAGGAUUCAUACAGGGGGAAAACCAUAUCAGUGCCAAGAGUGUGACAAGAACUUCAGAACAAAGGACAAAUUGACUUCCCAUCAAAGGAUUCAUACAGGGGAGAAACCCUAUCAGUGCAUGGAAUGUGGAAAGAGCUUCAAUCACAGCUUCCAACACACUUCCCAUCAAAGGAUUCAUACAGGGGAGAAACCCUAUCAGUGCAUAGAAUGUGGAAAGAGUUUCAGUCAGGGCUCCUAUCUCACUGCCCAUCAAAGAAUUCAUACAGGAGAGAAACUUUAUCAGUGCUUGGAAUGUGGAAAGAGCUUCAGUCACAGCUCCCAUCUCACUUCCCAUCAUAGAAUUCAUACAAGGGAGAAACCAUAUAAGUGCCUGGAAUGUGGAAAGAGCUUCAGUCAGGGCUCCCAUCUCACUUCCCAUCAAAGAAUUCAUACAGGAGAGAAACCCUAUCAGUGCCUGGAAUGUGGAAAGAGCUUCAGUCGAAAAGAGAGUUUCACUUCCCAUCAAAGAAUUCAUACAGGGGAGAAACCAUAUCAGUGCUUGGAAUGUGGAAAGAGCUUCACCUGGAAACAUGGUCUCACUGUCCAUCAGGUUAUUCAUAUGGGGGAGAAACCCUAUAAAUGUUCAGAAUGUGGAAAGAGCUUCAGUCAGAAGGGUGGUCUCACUUCCCAUCAAAAGAUUCAUACAGGGGAGAAACCCUAUCAGUGCAUGGAAUGUGGAAAGAGCUUCAUUCACAGCUUCCACCUCACUUCCCAUCAAAGAAUUCAUACAGGGGAGAAACCAUAUCAGUGUGUAGAAUGUGGAAAGAGCUUCAGUCACGGCUACCAUCUCACAGCCCAUCAAAGAAUUCAUACAGGGGAGAAACCCUAUAAGUGUGUGGACUGUGGAAAGAGCUUCAGUCACUACCGAGGUUUCACUUCCCAUCGAAGAAUUCAUACAGGGGAGAAACCAUAUAAGUGCCUGGAAUGUGGAAAGAGCUUCAGUCAGGACUCCCAUCUCACUUCCCAUCGAAGAAUUCAUACAGGGGAGAAACCCUAUCAGUGCCAAGAGUGUGACAAGAACUUCAGAAGAAAGGGCAGUUUGACUUCCCAUCAAAGAAUUCAUACAGGGGAGAAACCAUAUCAGUGCCUGGAAUGUGGAAAGAGCUUCACCUGGAAACAUGGUCUCACUGCCCAUCAGGUAAUUCAUAUGGGGGAGGAACCCUAUAAAUGUUCGGAAUGUGGAAAGAGAUUCAUUGAGAAGGCCAAACUCAUGAUCCAUCAAAGAAUUCACAGUGGGGACAAAGUACAGUAGUGUCUGUAUACAGAUUUAG